AUGGAUUUCAACGUGAAGAUAGCCUCCGGUGCUGGAGUGUUUUUCACGCGGGCUGUCCAGUUCACAGAGGAGAAGCUGGGCCAGGCGGAGAAGACGGAGCUGGACGCUCACUUUGAGAACCUGAUGAUCCGCGCAGACUGCACCAAGCUGUGGACGGAGAAAAUCUACAGACAGACUGAAGUCCUGCUGCAGCCCAACCCAAUCGAUCACACUGGUGCCAGGAUUGAAGAGUUCCUCUAUGAGAAGUUGGAUAGGAAGGCCCCCUCCAGAAAUACCAAUGCAGAGCUGCUGGGCCAUUACAUGCAGGACGCAGCAAAAGAGUUUGGUCCAGGAACUCCUUAUGGGAGUACUUUGAUGGAGGUGGGGGAAUGUGAAAGAAGAUUAGGAGCUGCAGAGAGGGACUUCCUCCAGACGUCUGCCAUCAGCUUUCUCACCCCGCUCAGGAACUUUCUGGAAGGAGACUGGAGGACAAUAUCCAAAGAACGGCGUCUUCUGGAAAAUCUGCGCUUGGACCUUGAUUCCUGUAAGACCCGUCUGAAGAAGGCCAAGGCGGCUGAGGCCAGGUCUGCGUGUGACGGGGAAACGGCUCCAGAUUUUCAGGAGACCAGACCCCGAAACUAUGUGCUUUCUGCCAGUGCAUCUGCGCUCUGGAGUGAGGAAGUGGAAAAAGCCGAGCAUGAGCUCAGAGUGGCCCAAACUGAGUUUGAUCGCCAAGCAGAGGUUACACGGCUGCUCCUGGAGGGCAUCAGCAGUACACAUGUGAACCACUUGCGCUGCCUGCAUGAGUUUGUGGAGGCCCAGGCCGCCUACUAUAAGCAGUGUGACUUCCACAUGAAAGAACUACAGAAAGAGCUGAGCAGGCUUCCCAAUGCGUUUGCACUGAGCUCCACUCACCCUGCAGCUCCGGCAUCAGAAGGCAGCCCGCUGGAGACGGACACUCUGAAGAUAGAGGAAGUCCAGGCCCCGGCUACAGGGACCCGCAAGGCCAAAGUCCUUUAUGAUUAUGAUGCUGCUGACUCCAGCGAGCUCUCCCUUCUAGCUGACGAGCUCAUCACAGUGUAUACAGUGCCAGGGAUGGACUCGGACUGGCUGAUUGGAGAGAGAGGAAACCAGAAAGGAAAAGUGCCUGUCACAUACCUGGAGCUCCUCAGCUAA